UAAAAAAAAUGCUCUAGUUUGUAAUUUUAAAUUUAAUGUGAAAUCUAAACCAUGGAUAGAAUAUGAAAAUUCACUACGUUUAUGAAAUUUGGAAGCAGUUGUUUCUACUCAGGAAAAAGAUACCUAAAAUACAUUUUGUGGGUGUGUAGCAAAACUUAACAUUCCCUGCUGGCUGGAGAUGCUAACAGAUGCUUAGAUGAAAGUAUGCUGUAAGUUUAAUUACCUAGAUAAUUGCUAUAACCAUCUAGUGGAUUUUCCUAUUUAGAUCUGUCCAUACAGAUAAUGUGCAAUUAAUGAGAAUUAGCACUGCCAAAUUAUUGUAAAUGUGAGUUAUAAAAAUGUGAUGCCUUAUGGUCUAGAUUAAACUGCAGGCACUCAACAAUAAUUAUUCUUGUAAUGAGUGUGAUAGAGACUACAAGCACUCUUUCCUUCCAGACAGUUAAGUAGGACCUUAGAAUUUAGGGAGUGAAGAAUAUACAUGGCAGAUGUGACCUGGGAUGCCUUCUGGAGAAUAAUUGGGCUACGUGUCCCCCAAAACUCAUGCUCCCAAAAGAGAGUACAGAAAUCUUCAGAAGUGAAACGAUUAGAUCCCAAGAGUCAUAACCUAAUUGGUAGAUUAAUCCAUUUGAUGGAUUAAUGAGAAGUAACUGUAGGCAGAUAGUGAAGGAAGUAGGUCAUUGGGGGCAUUCCUUUAUAGUUUAUGUUUUUUCCCCUGGCACCUCUCCCCCUCAGGACCCCUGACCUUUCCUGACUCUACUUUCUGUCUUGAACUGAGCUGCUUUCCUCUAUCACACCCUUCUGCUAUGAUUUCUGACUCAACUUGGGCCCAGAGCUAUGGAGUAGAUCAAUCAUGAACUGAGGCUUUGAAACUAAGCCAAAAUAAACUUUCCCUCCCCUAAGUUGUUCUUGUCAGGUGUACUGGUCACAGAAAUACAAAGUUGACUAAAACAGUCACAAAAAUUCCCUGGUACUGCCCCUUGGUUUUCCACACCAUUCGCCAUCCCCACCCACUGACAACCAGUCUGGUUUUACCUUUUCCAGAUAUAAACAAAAUAUGUUAUAUUAUGUAAAUGGAAUUGUAUAAUAUGUUAUCUUUUAGGUGUGGCUUCUUUCAUUUAGCUGCUUAAAAUUUAUCCAUAUUGCUGAUCCCAUCAAUGGAAAGUGUAGAUGAAUAGUGUUCCAUUGGUGCAAAUAGACCACAGUUCAUUUAUCCAUUUACCAGGUAGAGGUCAUAUGGCUUCCUUGAAGUUUUUGUAGUCUAUUAAUAAAACUGUCAUAAAUAUUUGCAUGUAAGUUUUUAUGUGAACAUAGUUUUUGUUUCUCUUGGAUAGAUAUCUCAAAAAGGGAUUGCUGAGUGAUAUGUAAGUGUGUAUUUAACUUUAUAAGAAACUCAGGGGACUUCCCCUGGGUACAGCGGCGCGGCGGGGUUCUGACCAAAUUGGGCGAGGGCACAAAAUAACCACUUACCCCUUCUCACCGAGGAAGAGCGGGAGAAAGGGUAUGGCACAGUCACAGGGCUGGGUGAAAAGAUACUUGAAGGCCUUUUGUAAAGGCUUCUUUGUGGCAGUGCCCGUGGCAGUGACUUUCUUGGAUCGGGUUGCCUGUGUUGCAAGAGUGGAAGGAGCAUCAAUGCAGCCUUCUUUGAAUCCUGGGGGAAGCCAGUCAUCAGAUGGGGUACUUUUGAACCACUGGAAAGUAAGGAAUUUUGAAGUACAACGUGGUGACAUUGUAUCAUUGGUAAUUUGGAAUGCUUUUAGAAUCUGUGGUUUCUGAAAUAAUUUUUGUACCAGUAAGGAGCAAGAAGGGACAGUUAUUUUUCUACUGGACCAGACUGAGUAAUCGUGUAAAUGCAUUUCUAAUUAUCAUUCUGUGAGCUCCUAUUCAUUUCUAGCCAUCAUGGAUUUCAUUGUAACAUGUCAUAAUUGCAGUAAUAUUGUUUAAAUUAUGUUUCUGAAUUGUAUAAGUUUUUGAACAUCUUUAGUAUUCCAUUGUAACCUGUAUCAGUGUUGAAAAGAACCUCAGCUGUAUUGACAAUUUUUAAAAUAACUUUCAAGAAUUUAUAGGAGAGUACUCAGAGAUCUGUUCCAAUGGUACUCUUUUUUAAAAAAUCAUACGAGUUCUCUGAGUGAGAUUGGAUUAUUGUACUUUGAUUAGUUCUAUUAUGACUGAGAGGUCAUGAAGUGGCUACUGCAGUUAUCUUUUAUAUUUUUCAGCUUAAUAAUGAGAAGAAAUUGGAGAAAUUUGAGUGGUUCCUAUGCUGAUAAUGAUGUAUUCCCAUAUUUUAUAUAUUUCCUAUAUAUCCUAUAUAUAUCUGUCUCUGUAAACAGAUAAUGAGGUAUAUAGUUAAACCCCCAUUUUAACACCGAAAUUAUGAGAUUUUUGAUAUGUAGAAAUCCAGAGUUCAAGUUUAGAAUUUCUGAUAUUAUAUUCUUUAUGAAUUUCAGCUCCAUUUUUGACAUCAAGCAGUCAAAAUGGCUCUCUUGCUACUUCUGCAUUUACCUUGACUAAACUAGAAGAUAUGAUGAUAACAUUUAAAUUAUGAAGAUAACAUAAGAUUACUUUCUUGCCCCUGACUUACCUCUGAAGACAGAUUAAAAUAUUUUUCUUUUUUAUUCAGAAAUAGCAUAUUUGUGAGUUAAAUUUUCCUAUAUUUAUUUUGCUUCCAUUUAUUCAUAGAUCAUAUAUUUGUUCUGUCCCAAAUAUGUGAAAGACAUAGCUCAGUCUUCUGGUGUAUAGUAAAGUGGAUGAAUAGUUGAACAGUUGGUCAGAAUACCUUGCAGGCACAACUGUAAUAGAGAUGUGCAGCAAGGGAAAUGGAGUGCAUGUAGUUAUUUCAUUAUAGUGUCACAUUUAAACAUAUGAUCUGCAUGUGAGUGACUGAAAACUCCUGAGUAAAAACAGGUUAAAUGAGGCAUUCUAUUAGAUAAGAGUUUCUUUUUCAUAAAUUUUAGAAGUUAGUAUUUUUAGUUUCAUUUUUCUCUAAUAAUUUGUUUUCCUACUUGAGUAUAGGAGCUGUCUAUCCCUUUGAAGUCAUGAUAUAUAAUUUUAAAAUCUGU